AUGAAUCUCCACUUACUCCUUCUAGCCCUCAUUCUAGUGUCACAAACCUCUGCCAAGUCCUCGGCUCCAUUGGAAUCAUCUAACAAUCACAUCAAGGCUCAUAAUGCUGACCAGGAUGCCACUGACGAGAGCGUGAAGGGUCUCAACUUGAACAAGGAAGAUGAUCCUGAUGAAGCACAGGAGGGUUCUUCUGGGGAGUUCAUGCUGGGUACGCGGCCGGCGUUGCUGGAGCCACUCGUGGUUGCCAUCACCAAUGCUGUCAACGAGACUCUCGUCACGGAGCAGGACUUGGCUGAUUUAGAGAUUGAGGCUCGACUCGGUUUCCUGGCACCUCAUCGGGACUCCUACCAUAGAGUGCUACUGCCCAUCACGUCGGAAUGUAUAUUGCAAGAGCCUGAUCACGGCAAGAACUGGCGGUAUGAAUUCCAGGCGUCUGUGAUGAGAGAACAGUUCUUUGCGAUACAGAAGCAUCUGGAGAAGCUCGUAGCGGGGACUCCUGGGCAGGUCCAGGGACAUGUUUUCCGAGUUAGAGAUGUACGGCGGCAGGUCACCACAACUGAUGAGUUCUUCGAAUCUCCUAGGGACGGUCGAAUACGGGCAAGCUACGACAGUGACAGCUACAGUUUAGGGGAUCGAACACGACCUAUUGAAAUCAUCAGGAAGGAUCGUCUCAAGACUAUUAACGUGUUCAGCGGACAUUACGAUCCGACGUAUUGUGAUGAGGAGAAGUACCCUUUGGAUUUGCGUAUAUCAGUUAACAGAGAAAACAAAUUCGGCUCGGUCCCUGCUGAUGUGUCAAAGUGUAGCGGUAAACGUAACAAGACUCGGCAUUCCUACAUCUUCAAGGCGUGGCAGGUGGAUCUUACUGAGGUCAUAGCACAGGGAAAACAGGGCGAAUGGUCUAGCUAUGAGGUGGAGGUGGAGCUGAAGAAGGACCUUAUCGCGGAGCAGUUGAAGCGACAAAGGCUCGGGAAAAACCAUGCGGUGUACGAGAUUCUCACUGACUUUAUAUACUGCGUACGUGAUCUGGCGUGGAUGUUCGGUGAUGCGUACACUGCGAGUAGCGGUGCUGGUGGUCAGCAACAGUGGAAUAAAAACGGCCAGCGGAAAAGAGUACGUGGUGACCUCAAUUCCAACGAUAUUGAUUUCACUAUGUGGUUGGAGCCACAAGAGGUCCAGCAGAGGUACCUCAAGCGAGUGGCGCCGGUGUUUCCCAUUAUUGGUGAUUAUUGCUUUACUAUCGCGGAGGAGAUCCGUUCCCCGAAGCCAACGGCACCGGUCGUGCAAGAGGGGAAUGAGGAAGAGUCUCAACCCUCUCAAGGCGGAGCGAAGCAGCUGGAGAUCGAGCCAGAUGAGACUGCAGUUACGAAGGAGGAAGUCUUGGGACAAGCAGCCGUGGAGACCCUUCAAGAAGUGGAGAUGGUAGAUGCAGAUGAGCAACCAUUGAGUAUGCCGGAUGAUGCUGAGCUCGAGGGGGCUAUAACGAUGGAUGGGAUAGAAGGGGAACAGCCUGAAGUGCUACCCCCUGUUGCAACGGCGGUCGAGCAGCAACCAAUAGGGUCACCGGUGGCACCAGCAGUUGAAAAGGGCGACAGCAGUCCACUACUCACUGGCUUAGUCACAACGCCUUCCAAAGAGCCCACUGAUGCACCAACUGUCGCAACUAGUACGGAGUUGAAAGCGAAUGGCAUGCAGGAAAAUGAUGAAGAAGGAUCCUCAAGCUCGAGUUCGAGCGGAUCGGACUCUGAGGGUUCUGAAUCGGAUAGUGACUCCUCAUCCAGUGGCUCUGAUUCUGGCAGUAGCAGCGGCAGUAGUAGCGAGAGUGAAGACGACGAUGAUGCUGAUGAUGGUGGUGCGAAUGAAGACGAGCCUGGCAUAUGA